AUGGCCGACACCAAGGUCCAACGCCGAGCACGGACUCCCCCUACCACUCCCACUACCACAUGGGCGCGACGGAGCGAAGCCCUAACCCACAUCCUGACCCACCCGUCCCACUCGCCGUCGCUCCACUCGCAGCUCUUCCUGGCGUCCCGCGUGCCGUGCCCGCCCCGGGGCUCCUCGUACCCGCCCUUCCUCUGCCCCGGCGCGUCGCUCCUCCGGUGGGCCCUCGCCUCCGUCUUCCUCCCGCGCGCCGCCCGCCUCGGCCUCCCGCCCUCGUCCUGGCGCUCCCGGUGCCCCUUCCAGCUCCCGCCGCCGCUCGUGCCCUCCACCGCCAUCGAGCCGGCGCCGGAGCGGUGGCGAGAGGCCGAGCUCCGGGGGUACGCGCAGCGGAGGCGGGCUCGGAGGGGGCCCAUGAGAGUUCGGCCGCCGGUGUCCGUGGCGGGUAUCGUGCUGACGACCGUGCCCAACUUCGUGAUCAUCGCGGUGAUCAUGCGCGAGCUCUUCUGGGUACGGCCCGGCCGCCUCUGAGCUACCGAUCGAGCAUGCAGGAUCAGGAGGCACAAGGAUCUCAACAACUGCAUCUGGGUCACCUUGUGCAUGGCUGGGAGCAUCUCUGGCAACUCU